AGCGCCGCGCCGCUUUGUUUAGAUAUCUGAUAGAGGUUAUGUGCUUGCUAACCGAACCAAAAUUUUUUGUUUAAAAAAUUGUUAUUAGUAAUAAUGUGCAAAUUGUAAUUGCUAGUUAACAUGGAAAAUAUAAGAAAGACCAUAACUUUUAUAUCACUUCUUUGCAUUUUUACUAACUGUUGUCAGUGUGCCAAAAUAAACACGCCAAGAGUACUUCUACCAUGGUUUGAGAAAAUAAAUGUUAAUUUUACUUUUGAAAUCAUAGAAGGUGGCUGCUAUUCAUGGAGUCUGUCUCGUGAUGACAUCAUAGACCUCGAGCCUCUUUACGAAGAUACCUGGGGUCAUUGCUCGCAUGCUGCACGAGUAUCAGUAUCUAAAUCAUGCAUUCCACCGGGGUCUGUCAUCAUCUUGGCAGAGGAAGUUAACACAGGCGAAAUAUUGAGAGGAGAUGUCAAUGUUGACAAAAUAAGUUCUCUCAAGGUGAUGAGUACAACCUGGAAGCUUUAUCUGGAAGAGGCUCCUGAGGCCUUUGAAGUAUUUGCUUAUGAUGAAUCGGGAAACAAGUUUUCAACUCUUGAAGGAUUGAGCUUUAAAUGGUCUAUCGAAAAUAUUGGCAGCACUGUUGGGGAAGACAACUUAGUCACGUUAGUUCGUUGGCGGGACACGGACUAUGAAGCGCCGCCAGGCAUCACAGAAUUAGAGGCUGUUGGCCUUCGUUCUUACUCUGUCCUGCUGUACGGCCAAGCCAUGGGCGAAUGUCUCGUCACCGUCUGUCUUGACAAUAUCUGUACGGACUUCAGAUUGCAUGUAGUGGCCAGUGUUGUGCUCACUCCAGCUACUGCUAUUGUGACGCCGGGUGACACUUUGAGAUACAAGGUUGUAAGAGCACGUGCGGGUCGACUCACAAUACAGGAUAUUUCAGAGACACUUUAUUAUCUGACAGUGCCUGACACAAGCAUAGCCCGACUAGAAGAUAGCAUCAGUUUGGUCCGAGCUAACGAAAUAGGUGCCACAACUGUAUACCUCUUAUCCGGUUCAACAGAAGUAGCUACAGCUACUUUGACUGUAGCGGAAUCACACAGCAUAAAAGUGACCGUAAGACCAUCCAAAAUGGUCAUUAGUGGAGAACCAUUUAUUAUCCACUGCAUACUUCUUGAUGAAUACGGCCAUGCAAUCACGGCCGGAGAGGAAGUUUCGAUCAAACUGAAUGUUGAUGGUGAAGCAAAUGUAGAGCUAUUGAAAUCUACUCAAAACGGUACAAUAACGGAUGCGGUUGCCCAAAACGCUGGGCAGUUUACGGUGAAAGCAGUUCUUCAUUCGGUUGCUGGGAAAUUGUUGAUGCGAAAGGUUGAAGGUCAGGCGAUAGCUACAGCCAUAGAUCCCUUGGAGAUUGUACCACCUGAAGUUUUCGUCGCUUGGACUGACACAAUACAAGAAGUGCAGUUACGCCACCAUGGAGGUGGAGACGAGCCCGUGGUGUGGUCAGAAGUGGAGACUACCACUGAUGGAGAUCUCUCUCUGACUGACUCGGGCAAAGUAAGGGUCCGAGGUCUGGGCGAGAUGUCAGUGAGAGUGCAAUUGAAGAAUUACCCACAUGUGCGGGCUGUUGGAAAAGUGUACUCGACUGUUCCUGAACUAUUGCGAGUGUCAAGUACCGGGCACGCUCGCGUGGGUCGCCCGCACCACUUGCACGUCGCCCUCACUGCCACCCACCCCGCCACUGGACAGCUACAUAACUACAAUGUAUGUAACUGCGAGUCUUUCGCCGUGACGCUGCUUGAAGGACCCGAGCCUCAUAACGUGACGGCAGCUCCUUGGAUACAACCAGAAGAGGGUGCGUGCUGCGUGCUGGAAUGCGUGUGGGCGUCGCGCGGCGUGUCCGCGCUGCGCGUGUCGCGCGGGCGCGCGGGCGACACGGCGCGCGUGGCGCUGCGGGCCGCGCCGCGCGUGCUGUGGCCCGCGCGCGCCGCCGCCGUGCUGGGCGCCACGCUGCCGGUGAUAGCAGAAGGCGAGUCCUUAUCGGCACACUCGUCCGAAACUAGAAUAGCUGAGAUUUCCAGUCGACGCGGGGUAGCGCCUAGCAAAUAUCCUGAUGCACAGUUGUUUACCUUCUCAUGUCGAAGGAAAGGCGAAGCCCGGCUAGCUGUGGUCUCUCAAACGGAAGGCGAGCAAGAGUCAGUAGAGCUGGAGGCGGCGUGCGCUCCACACGUGUCUCGCGUGCGGCUCGAGCCUCCCGACACGCCCGGGAACUGCUCGGGAGCCAGAGUUUGGCUUCGACCCGGAAAUGAAGUACCACUGAAAGUGACCCUAUUCGACGCGGUAGGCAGAGAGCUGUUAGACGAAACCGGGCCACGAGUGACAUGGGAGACUGAACCUUAUCACGUGGGAAUAGAGUACAAGUCUACCGACAGACUCUUUGUGGAAACGCAUCCUGAAUUCGAUCCAGUACCCGUACCAUAUAAAUAUUACCAGAUUGUAAUGGCCGACGAGCAGGCUGUAGGUUGGAGCGGCAUCCUCCGAGCGAACAUUCCAGAAACCACCGCCAGCAUACAAGCGCGCGUUGUUGCGCCACUCAAAUGUGACCCGCUAAAGGUGAACAUGGCAUGGGAGGGCGAGACCGUUGGCAACAUUGCUCGCAUAUCUGGCGGUAGCGGGAAAUACGCUAUAGAAGCCCCUAAAGGGGUCUCAGGGAAUGUAGACGGAGCCCUACUUACUUUAGCUGUGCCGGGCCCGGGGUCCUAUGACUUAGUAGUGACGGACUUGUGUGUGAUGGGCGAGAAGCAACUUGUCGAGGUUGCUAUAGAAGAGGUCAUAACAGUCGACGUGACCGGACCUCGUGCUAUCGGCGUUGGUUCCUGCAUGGAUAUCAGUGCAAUCGCUCGCGGGGCCACCAACAGAGCCCUGGGCUCGGCCCGGGGCCCCCAGUGGAGGACCACAGGGCCUGUGAUUGUGAAGGAUGAGAAAUUGUGCGGGCUCGAUGAAGGAAUAGCGACGGUUAGAGCGGCGAUCGCUGGCGUUUGGAGUUCGGAACUUGAGGUGGUAGUUUUCCCUCCCCUGGAAGUGGUUCCCCGCGAAUCCCGGGUGCCUCUCGGCGGACGUCUCCAACUUCGACACCGCGGAGGACCGCCGCCGCACCUCGCCAACAUUCUCUACCACACUGUUGGUACUCAGAGCUAUGUCGAGGUGUCGCCUACCGGUUCCGUCCAGGGGCUUUCGAAAGGCGUCGCGAAGAUCAAAUUGGUCGCUACAGACAUCGCCAACGUGGAGAUGGCUUCGGCUGAUGCUGAAGUGGAGGUGGUGCCGAUAUCCGGCGUUCGGGUCCAAGCGGCCACGCAGAGCCUGGUGGUGGGCGCGCCGGGCCCGGUGUGGGUGGCGGCGCGCGCGGCGCUGGGCCCGGGCGCGCUGUGGGCGCUGCAGCCGCCGCCGCGCGUGCUGUGGACGCUGCGCCCGCCCGCCGCCGCGCGCCUCUACGCCACGCACAGCGACGAUAUGCUCGAGAGACAGGCCGCUGAAGGUUUGUCGGUGCGAGUGGUACCUCUGAAGCCCGGUGUUAUUACGAUAGAUGUCAGAGUCAGGAAUGUGGGACAGCUAUCCGACACCCUCUCCUGGGACGGUACUAUCGAAAUACUCGGCAUAGCCGACAUUCGCACAUCAGUUGAUGGAGUCGGCGAAAUAUCAUCUGGCCAACGUUUGGCCGUCGCCGUGGGAGCGACGGUCAAAUUGAAGAGUACACCGACAUCAAGUUACAGGGCAUUACAAGAUGGCGCCUUUGAAGUCACGCCCGAUGGAGAAUUGAGAGGAAUAAGACCCGGGCAUGGAGUGGUUGUUGUUAGUCAUAAGGAUGAGAGGAAUAAUAUCUAUAGGGAGAAUGCGAUCCAUGUAGAAGUGGCGACUCCCCACUACUGCACAGCGGAGCCAGCAGACGAGGAAGGCUCAGUUCGCGUGGCUCUCCGCUCCAAUAUCGGCAGACAUUUACUCGGACCGCAAGCCAAUGUCACCAUAUCCUCACUCACUUACAGUGGUACUCGAAGUGUAAACGGAAACGAAUUGAUGAUAUCGGACCUGGAGCCCGCCGGUGCUUUCAUGAGUUUCGAAGCUUCCAUCGGCGGCGUUACAGUCCGUGACGACGUGUGGGUCACUGGCCCAGAUUCCCGCACUGAUAGAAUAUUCGCGACCGGCGGCUGGGGUAUUUGCCUGGACGGCGUGGGCUGGCGGGCGGACAGCGGCGUGCGGCUGCACGCGGGCGGCGGCGCCACGCUGGCCGUGCUGUGGCGCGCCGCCCGCGCCCGCCACGCGCUGCGCCGCGAGCGCCCGCCCGCCGCGCUCAGCGUGCAGCAGCUGUGUGUGCACAAGAUGGAAUUCGCGCCAGGUGAAUGGCCAUCGGCCAUGGUGCCUCUCAAGAUAGAAGCGGUUGGUUUAACAUCAGGACCUUUAUUGUGUACCGAAGACCAGAAGUAUGCAUUGGAGGGCAUUCAAGUGGAACUGCCGUUUAUUUGCAGAACCAAAACACCGCAUACGGCUAAAGCUGUCUUGGAUAUCAUGAAGGGUGAACUCGGUUGUUCUAUAAUUCCCGCCUACACGAUAACAGAAGCUUCCGAAGUGGAAUUGUGCGCGGAGUGGGAAGCGGCGCGAACUUGCACCAAAGUUAUGUUGCUGCCUCCGAUCAAAACCUCUCAUAGGACUGUGUCGUUGUUGAAUCCACCCGCUUCUUUCACUGUCACAGGUCACCCCCAUGCCCUAAGACUGGUCAAACUAACCGCUUCACCAGGCGUCAAGAUCGAAACGCGAACAAAAGACGGAGAGAUUGAAGUUCUAGUCAAGAAUGAAGCGUCGACCUGCGGCCUAGGGUUCAUAGACGUUAAAUCUAGACUCACAGCUCAAGAAAUAAGGAUAGACGUCGAAAGAGAAUGCGACGUGGCAUGUGGGACUUUGCUUGGGGCUCUAAUAUCAAUUUUGAGGCCAUAUUUGACAACAUUAGUGACGGUCUUGGCUGUUGCGGUGGCGUUUUUGUACAUUCAAUCCCGCAUCCAGCAGAAAGGCCAGAUCCGCAUGCCGGUGGAGCGUCCCCAAACAUCCGUAUCAUCAGGGCCGGGCUCCCCGCCUCUGUCGCGGACGCGCACGUGGUCUCGCAGCCCGUACGCGAGUCGAGGCCCGACGGCCCCCGUGUAUGGCGAUGCCAGUGUACUGCCAGAUCAAAGCUUCUCGCCAAACUCAACAAGCAUGCAUUCAACUUUGUUUGGAUUAUAGUGCUAGACGUGAAGUGUUUUAAAUUGGUCGGAUUUUAGUGUUUUGAAUUGACUGUUUAAUGUUUUCAAUGGUGGUUUCAUCAAAGUGAUAGAUAAAGGUUUUGGGUGGUAGUGGUAUUAAAAUUGCAUAGCAUUCAAUGCCUGCAUGUUUGGCAAAAUUUAAUUGUGUAAAAGUGGUUGUUAAAGCUUUUUGAGUGUUCUAACCAAAAUUUAAAGGGUUGCCAAAAGAAAGUUGUUAUUAAUAGGUUGAGUGUUAGGGGAUGAGUGUUAGAAAGAUGACUUUCAGAGGAUUUGGAAGCAGGAAGUUGUGUAUAUUGUAAAUGUAUGAAAUAAUGAUGCUCAGUGAUAUUAAAGAUCUUGUAUCCAUAGACAAUGAUCUUAGAAAGUCGUACUUAUUGAAUAUUGCAUCAGGAUAAAUCCUAACGGUCUUAGGUCAAUAGAAUAAACCAAAAAGUUUCUUACUUCAUAACUUUGUCUAUAGUUCACCAUUGUGUAGUAUGUAAUAUCACUUUUUUUUGUUAAAAUAUAUACAAUACAUGAUCAUUGCAAGAAAUUUUAAUUUAUAUAUAUAUUUUUUCUAACAGACUGAAUAACUAGAACUUUUUUAAAUAAUGGAUUAAGCCAUCUUAAUCCAUUGCAACCUGCUGAGGAUGAAUAAGGAAACCACCAUAUGUUUUAAAAAAAAUAUACAUAUGGUGGUUUUUAAAACUAUUUGAGUGUAUUUUUUUCACAAUGUUGCUGGAUGGAAAAAAUAUUAUUUCAUUUAAAUAAAUUUAUACCAAGCUCCGUAAGGACGGAAUAUUUCAGUAUUGACAUCUUUUAUAGGUAAAUAUCUACCUCAACUAUCAAUCAAUUAGUAUGUAUGUAUCUUAUUUUUUAUACUAAACAGGCCAACAAGAUGCCUAAUUUACUUCAUAGAAAAGAUGCAGAAUCCUCUUUAGCAUUUGUACUCAACAAUGAAUUGCAUAGAAAGGACUUGAUAAACUAUCAGCUUGCUAGUCAGUUGUUAUGGGUUUGACGGUUUUUUUUGAAGCAAAAGGUUUUAUUGGUUUGACGGUUUUUUUUGAAGCAAAAGGUUAGAAUAAUUCAUAUAUCCAAAAUCAUAAUGUUAUAGUUCAAAAAUCUCCUGAUCACCAAAGAUACUCAGAGUACAGACAUGUGAGUCUGUGGUUAAGAUAUGCGAAGGAGGUUGAAUAAUUUGUGAAGAUAAUUUUGUUAUGAUCUUUUUAAAAAAGUUAAUACUCUGCACUUAUUAUCAUAAGUUUGUGUUUUAUGAAAUUCAGUCAUAUUUUCUAGUGUACCUACGUGACUUAAGAUUUUCUUUGUUUCUUUUUUAAUUGUUUCAUUUACAUUGGGCAGGGAAAUCCCAAAUUAUUUAUAAUUUGAAAAAAUUACUAGCUGCCCAAGUCAAUUAUAGACCAAUCUAUACAAAUAUAAUUUAAAGAGGUAAAUUCUGUAACUAAACAAAAGUUGUUUGUUUGUAUGGGCUUAUUAUCGAAAAUAAUCAUGCAAAUUCAAAAACAUUUGAUUUUAUAAGAUUUUAAUUUUGAAGAAGAGCACACCGUCCCUUUAGCUGGAUGAUCUUUGUAAUUGUCUUGUAAAUAUUUUACAUUAUCAAGUCUGAUUUGUUGUUUUAUUAGAUAAAUGUUAAAGAAUGUGAUUUACCAUGUGUAGUAUGUAUACCUACGUAAGUAGUGUUGGGUGUCAAAAAUAAAAUUAUUUUUGAACA